UUUCAGUUCUUCGAAACUACUCUACUAACAGAAACCUGUGGUUUUGCGUGGAAGAACGAGGGGAAAUGGCGACGUGGGGUGCAUUCUGGGGGACUCGAGUAAUGGAGAUAGUGAAGAAGCACGAUUCAGGAGGCCUUGUUUGGAAGAGAAUUAAGCUCACGUCCACUCGCAAAGCCAACGCCAAGAAGCGGCUACGUCGCGUUUGGCAGAAUGAGGCUGUUUUGAGGGCAUGUUCUGAGCCACCUCCCUCAGAAUUCACACGGACUGAAGUAGGGGAAAUUCAUGUCAAGGAGAACACGACUACAAGUAUCCAAGAUUAGCUGAAAUGAAUCUAAACAAGCACAAAAUGGAUACAAUGACUUCAUCUAACUUUUUGUUGCCGUCUUCAAACUUUAACUGCAUUUUUAGACUCGGUCUAGAAUCAUGACUUUCAUUCAUGCAGGUCUUUACUUUUGUAGGAUCAAUUUAAGUGUCUAUCAAUUUGUAGCAUUUGUGUCUUGUUAGCUUUCAGCUUGGACCUUGUCUAAUAAGACAAUUAAAAUUCGUCCACAUGUCUGAUCUUUGCUUUCUUCAGUCAUGAUAUCCUGAGUUGAUUCCAUGAUCAUCUUUAUGUAAUAUUCGCCGCAUUGUAGUGCUCUAUGUGAAGAUAAAUUCUGCAAUGUGAUUAGAAUGGGAAACUGAAUCAAGAGUGUACUCAAUUUUAGCA